AUGAAUUCAAGUAAGUUGUUCAUUUCAAAGCAUGUUAUUUUUUAUGAACAUAUUUUUUAUUGUUCUUUUUUAAAUACAAUUCUUGAAAAUUCUAAUGCAUCUUCUAAUAAAGGUACUCUAGGAAAUUGUCUAGACUCUUAUUCUUUUCCUAUGACCUCCGCAAGUCAAAUGAUGAGUCUCACAAAAUCUAAUUAUCUCACUUAUAGUUCUCCAUUCUCUGAGUUAAAUAUUUCUUCCUCAAUUACUAAUCAUCAAAUAGUUGACACACCAAGUUCAUCUUCAUAUCAUUCUCAUACACUCACUCAAAGUCCACAAUCCACUCCUCCAACCAAGCAUAAGUCUCUUAACGACAUAUACACAGAUUGUGGUGUUGACCUAAUUUCUCUUCAAAAAGAACACAAACCCAAUGUUAAUCUCACCACUCUUAGUACAAAAUAUCCACUGUCAUUAUGCUCCAAUAUUACCUUACCUUACACUAUAGAACCAAAUGAUUUGAACUCAGUCUCUAAAAACCCUCAAUGGUUGCAAGCUAUGACUCCUAAAUUUAGUGCACUUAUUAAAAAUAAUACAUGGACUCUAGUACCUAGAUCUCCCAACUUUCAUGUCAUAGGCUGUAAAUGGGUGUUUAACCUAAAAUAUAAGCUGGAUGGAACUAUUGAUAAACAUAAAGUUAGGCUAGUAGCAAAGGGGUUUAGCCAACCAGAAGGUUUCUAUGAAACUUUUAGUCUAGUUGUGAAAAUUACAUCAAUUCCUAUUUUAUUACCUCUUGCUAUCAGUCUUAAUUAG